AAAGAGCAGGGGAAGAGUGGAUAACAGUUGAAAACGAGAAACCGCAUCGUCAUUCGUCAGCAACAAGUCGCUCCAUAUCUCAAUGUCAUAGUAAUACCCAACCAACUGGCUUUUACUUCAUUCAUAAGCUGUGAGCACCCUCUUCUAUGCACAUUAUUAUUAAAGCCUUCCCUCGGCUCACACUUUCACAUAGGCAUACAGAUAGAGAAAGAGAAAAUCACCUCACUCACAGGCUCACAGGCUCACAUCCUACAUAGCCUUUUUCUCUCUGGAAUCCGCCGAACGAGCUUUUUAAUGCGGGUUUAGAUAAGGUUUGCGAAUCACCCAGGACAGAACAGUACGGUCGCCCCAAUCCUUCUUCACCACCUCUCCCAAUCAAAGCUGCAGCCUUUUCAGAAGAAAAAACAAGUUUUGAUAAAAUGGGUCUGUUUCUCACUCUUUCCUCUUCUUCUUCUUAAUGGAGACCCUGCUUUGAUGGGACUUGGACAUCUCUGGGUUUGCUCAAUGCAGGCGAGGAGCUCCCCCCCCCCCCUCAUUGUCCUUGCUCUGAUCUCUCGUUUGACUUUUAGCGAUUAACCUUCCUCUGUAGCUACAGAUUAUUUGAUUUUAUUUCUAGGUACCAUUCUGUUGAGCCUGGUAUCUUAAAACCUGUGACAUCUUUGGAGGUAUUUAAGGUGAGGAGGAGAGUAGGGAAAGAUUCACAAAGCUUCCUGAUCCUCCUUUGUGGUGGUUGGCUGGCGUUUUUUGGAGGUUUAUUCAGAGUUCCAAUUUCAGAAAUUUUUAUUUUGAAAAGUCCUAGUUCCUUCGGAGGGUUUUGAAAACAAAAGCAAGCCAAAAAAAUGGCAGCUUGGGAUGGCGUUCUGAGUAAAACACGCUUAGGCGAUGAAGAGUUCGAUGAAGAAGAUGUGUGGGGACUGGCGGACGAGAGAGAUGACUCAAGCCCCAAAGUGAUGAAGAUGCUGGCUUCUAAGGAUUCCUCUGGUUCUUCCUCUGCAUGGCUCUCACCUGCUGCUCCAAGAAAGAUUCCGAGGACAAACUCACAAACCAGCCAUAAAUUUGAAGCUCUUCAAGGUUCUUCAGCUCCUCUGAACAUUCCUGACUGGUCAAAAAUUUAUCAGAAAAAUAUCAAGAGAGGGACCAAGGUUGAUGCUGGUCAAGAACAUGACCACGAUAAUGGUGAUGAGGAGGAGGAAGAUGGAGAUGAAGAUCGCAUUAUUCCUCCCCAUGAAUGGCUCGCUAGAAAGCUUGCAAGGAACCAGAUUUCCUCUUUCUCUGUGUGUGAAGGGGUUGGGAGGACGCUCAAGGGGAGAGAUCUUAGCAAAGUAAGAAAUGCUAUUUUGUCCAAGACUGGUUUCAUAGAGUAGUAUUAGCAGCUAUUAGAUCCUUCUUUGCCAUCAUUGUUAUGCUUCGAUCAUAUCACCAUCAGCUUCUUUCUUAUUUUUGUUUUUGCCAAAUCUCAACUACCAGCCUCUACAAUCCUAACCUUCUGGUCAUCAUCGUUGUUCGAUUUUGAUGCCAUGCAAUCUUUUUGUGUUGAUUAUUAUCACAAGUAUACAGAGUGGGAGAUGAUGAAUGAUGAUGUGCUGAUGCUACUGCUGGGAAAAAAUUGAGUCGCACCAUGAAGUCAGAGCUGCCUUUUCUGUUCCUGUUCCUGUUUUUUUUUUGUCACUUUCAUAUUUUCUGGGAGAGUGGAAGAAUGGGAAAAUAUCGAGUGGUUCAGUAUCAGUCUGAAGUUUUGAAUGUUUUCCUAGAAAAAAAAAUUGUAGUAUAUGCUUAGAUUUGGAAGGGAAUGCUGACCCAUUCUUCAAGAGGAAGAGUUAAUUUUUAA